CGUCAGCGUUGCGCAGACCGGGUUUGAACCGAAAGCGGAGUGACCUUCCCGGGCCAGUCGGAGAGAGGAAAGACGGGUUAGUUUGGAGGAGACUGAGGCAGCGAACUGAUGUCAGCGUUCCAGCCCACAACUCUCGCUCCAGAAAUGAACAACAACCUGGCAGGAGACGAAAUCGGGAAGCUGUUUGUGGGUGGGUUAGACUGGAGCACUACUCAAGAAACUUUACGAAACUACUUCUCCCAGUAUGGAGAGGUAGUGGACUGCGUCAUCAUGAAGGACAAAAGCACAAAUCAGUCUAGAGGCUUUGGGUUUGUCAAGUUUAAGGAUCCAAACUGCGUUCGGACUGUACUGGACACUAAACCUCACAACCUCGAUGGUAGAAAUAUCGACCCCAAGCCAUGUACUCCGAGAGGAAUGCAGCCAGAAAAGACACGAGCAAAGGAUGGCUGGGUAAGCACUUUGGAAAAAGGAGGUAAAAGUGACAGCAAUAAAUCCAAGAAGAUAUUUGUUGGUGGAAUUCCGCACAACUGCGGGGAGCCUGAACUCAGGGACUAUUUUAACAGAUUUGGAGUGGUGACAGAGGUGGUAAUGAUCUAUGAUGCGGAGAAACAGAGACCCCGAGGUUUUGGAUUUAUUACUUUCGAGGCCGAACAAUCAGUGGACCAGGCUGUCAACAUGCAUUUUCACGACAUCAUGGGCAAAAAAGUUGAAGUGAAGAAGGCUGAGCCUCGGGACAGCAAAGCUCCCGGCCCUGGUCAGCUGGGAGCCAAUCAGUGGGGACCCAGAGCCAUCUUAAGUGCAGCGAAUGGCUGGGCUGCACAGCCUGCUCAGAGCUGGCACCAAAGCUAUGGGCCUCAGGGAGUUUGGGUGUCCACAGGCCAACCUUUAGGUGGCUACGGUCCUCCUUUGCCAGCAGGACGAGGAGCCCCUGCUCAACCUCCCUCUCCUUUUAAUGCGUUCCUAGUCACAGCACCCCCAGCUGGAGGAUUUGGGGCACCUCAGGGAUAUCCACAGCAGGGCUACAGCACACCCCCUCAGUUUGUUUUCCUUUUUCCAAACACAGGGUACACUUUUGGUACACCUCAAGGUGACCAGUUUGUACCACAAGGAAUGCCUCCUCCUCCCACAACUCCUGGAACAGGACCUCUGGGCUUUGCCCCUGCAACCACCCCAACUCAGGAUAUGAGCAAAGCCCCUCCAGCACAGCCAGACUUCUCCUAUAGCCAGUAUGGCUUGGGUAACUAUCCUCAGGACCCCUCUGCCUACGGACCAACGCGUCCUUCACACAGUUAUGGUCAGGAUGAGCAGGGAUAUAGUGCAGGUUAUGGGCAGGACCUGAGUGGCUUUGGACAUAGUUUUGCUGACCCCAGCCAGCAGACUGCCUCGUACGCUGCCCCUACUGCUCAGCCUGCGACAGGCCCUCAGCCAGCGGCGAGCAGUUUUGGCCGUGGACAGAACCACAAUGUACAGGGCUUCCAUCCAUAUCGGCGCUGAGUGUUUUUCCCCCACCCACCUUCACAAUGCAAUACAAAUUAUGUCAGGGAAAUAAGACGUUCUGAUCCCAGACAAAGCUGGGUUUUUGGGCCGGUGUUUGCCGAAAGUUACAAACAUGAUUGGCAGGUGUCUGCGUGUGUGUAUAUUGUGAACAGUGACUCCUACAUGAGGAGACCAUGUUCGUCAUAUAUUUUCUAUUAGAACAGAGCUACAUAGCAAUAGAUUUUUAAUUGUCUGGUGGAACAUCAGCACAGAACCACACCAGACACGGAGUGACAGGGUCUCCUCAGCUUUAAUUCAAUUAGGGAAUUAUGAAAAUAUUUUAUUUUGAAAUUUGUGGAUUUUGUUUACUGAGCCUUUGACCAUUUUAUUUGAAAAAUUGUUUGAAAUAGAAAUUAUGAAUAUGUAUUAUACACCUCAACUGUGCAAUUUUUUAAAAUGACUUUUGUACUAUUCUAUGUGUGCUUUCUUUUCUUUUUUAUUUAUUUAAGGAUGUAGAUUUUCCCUCAGGUGGCUGUUUUAGUGCACUUUGCACUUAUGCAAAAAAGAGAGGAAUUUUAUUUGAAAUAAAUGAUUUAAAGAAACAAAUUGUUGCAUUUGUGUAUUGUUUUGAAAUGUUGACAAGUUAUCAUAAUGCAAUAUUUUUUUGUUAGAACAGAACUUUGUAUAUCCUAUUAUGCAGUUUUGUUACUUAGACAUAUUUUAAAACUGGUGGUUUUUAUUUAUUUUAAAUCAAAAUUUCAUGAAAAAUGGACCAAUUGAAAUGCUCUAAAAUUACUUGGAAUAAAAAAAAAUAUGUUGACUUCCAUUAAA